AUGUCCAACCAACCACCCCCUUCGUAUAAUGGCACUGCCAACUAUGCGCCGGAGUGGGCUUCUUCAUACCCUGCCAUGAUCCCACCAGACUUCACCCUCAACUCCGAAUAUACUCCAUCAUCUCAGCCACCUGUUCCCCAUCAUGGGUACCCAUUCGACUACAAUCUCCACUCUGUGAACGCGAACGCGCAGAUGGCCACUCCUGGAGCUUCGGGGCAAUUCAUCCCGCCGUUCCCGUCCAUGCCUCCCUUCGACGCGUCUCAAUUCCCUCCGUUCCCACCUCUGCCGCUACCACCGCCCGGUUCCUCUCCGUUCCCCAUGCCAACAGGGUCCUCAGUUCUUCAAUACGCGCUUCCAACUCAAUCAACAGAGAAUGCUCCCUCCAAAUCAAAAGGAUUAUCUGGUGGCCCGAGAGCGACAUCAACUCAUUUUGACCCGAACCGUGAGGAAGGUGAGGUCAGUGAGAGAGAACACGACAGACCAUCCAGGUUCGUGGCCUCGGGGAAACAAACCAGAUGCGGACAGCUCUCAUCUGGGCGUCGUGCUUCAGACCGCGAGGAAGGGGAGGCAUCCUCAUCUGACUCUAGCAGAAGCAGCGGAUCACCAUACAACCCACCCUUGUCCGUUUCCGCAGAUCCAAAUCUAGUUCAUGCAAUAGAAACGCCAAACCUGGACCCCCAGAAUACGAUACCAGAUUCGGCCGCUUCACUCACCAAGUCUGUGGCACAGCUUCGGGUGCAGGCGCAGGGCGCAUUGCUGAGCUUGGCACCUCACAACAUUCGCUACAAUGAGUUGGUUGCUGAAGGCAUCAAUCCCAAGAUCCUCCGGCAACUAUAUGAAGAAGUCGGAAUCAAAGUUGUGCCACCCAAGUCUGACCAAACCAAACUUAAGACCACGCAGCUGGGCCCACAGCCCGGCACCCUGCCAACCAGACCAGGAAUGGAAAAGGAGAAUGACCCUGCACACAAGACCAUCUCUGCGGUGCCAACUCCUUCCGGCUCUUCCGCGGCUGAACCGGACGGGAGCACGUCCAUGGAGAGAAAAUAUGUCAUCGCCCGAAUGCUUGCAGAAAAGGCCGCCAAAGCUGCCAGCUCGAGUGUUUCAAAGACAGAUGUGCCGAAGGAAGCAACUGAGUCUUCCAGCGACACUCGUCCCAAAAAUAAAGUGGAGCCCUUAAGGGUGAAGAACAAAGCUCAGACGGAACUGGCACGACAGCGAAUAGAGGAGCUGAAACGACAGAUGUUGCUCAAGAGUCAACAAAAGGUGCAGCAAACUGGCGGGACAGAAAUCACCAAUAUUGGGAAAGGUACCGAGACUAGUCAAGUCUCCGUGCCCUCUGGUUCUUCUCCGUCCACCAUUCAACACCCGCUUCCUGUUCGACCUCCACUGCCGACAAAAGCCAACCCUGCUGGCAUCCCCGGUUUAUCCAUGGCCGAGCCAACGCAAGAUACAGAUCGCGAAGCUCAGGGCCAAACUGUUGCCGUUGAUCCAACACCCCUCGCCCGAGCAACGCAGCGGAAACGGCCUCGGGCGUCCGAUUUUGAUGAGCCUGUCACCGCUCCGAAGAAACAUCUGAGCCAUAGCAAGGGGCAUCCUGGUGCCGCAGAGAGGCUGGUUAUCGACAUCAGUGACGAUGAAUCUCUCUAUGGUGAUGAUGAGGGUGGGGUCAUGGAUGUGGACUCGAGCCAAGAGCAAGAUUCGGAACCCGUGCCGACUGCAGAGGCUCUGCUAUUCUCAUUACAGAACAUCGCCUCUUUGCCCACGAGAACCUCUACGUCAACCCCGCAAGCUUCUUCUCGACCCUCUGACCAGGAGAGCAUUCGGAAGAAGGAUCUGGAGAUUCAAGCUAUGCACAAGCGGAUAGCUGAGCUUGAGCAACGGAAAAAGGCAAGACUGGUUCCUGGCCUAGCUCACUCGCCUCUGUAUUUUGACUCGGGUGCAUCAUCAUCAGCUGGACAAUCGAGCGGCGCCGAAGCCGAAGCCACUGAUACCUCCACUGCUCCCCUCCCUAAAACAACACCGGCUGCAGAUGUCGCCACCACAAGUACGGGUCGUCAGAACCUAAUCGAUUCUUUCAGUGAUUCGUCCGUGAGGGUUCUAGCGUCCAUGAAAACCGAACAGCUGGACAGCUUGCGAUCCAAAAUUAUGCGAAUGAAAGCAAUCGAGUCUGGUCUCCCUGAUUUGGAUGCUGAGAUAUUGUCAUCCGAAUCACAUCUGUCUAGUUGUAGGCAGGAGGCCGAUCGAGUCCUCUCUGAAAUCACCAAGGGAAAAGAAGGGCGAUUUCUAUUGAUUGAAGAAUUGAAACAGCUAGGUGAUGAGAUCAAUGGCUUGUCAUUAGUGGAUCUGGAUCAGCUUCGCCGACAAGCGGAAGUCAAGGAACAAGAAAUUGUGGCCAAGGAAGGUCAGUCGGCGGUCCCAUUAAAUGGGGCCUUCCCCGUUACUGACGAUUUGCUGGCCUCUUCAGCAAUCCAAUCCUCCUCGCACAUGCAAGAUACCAUUAUUCCGGAUGCCCAUUCCUUUGAACAAGAGGACACUGCCAACGCUCCACGUUCUCCAGAAGAUGUCUCUGUCGACCGGCCUGCAGCAGGCGAUGCUAUGGAUUCCAUCGCAGAAUCGUCUUCUUCCGGGACCGACUCUACUGGGUCUUCUAUGGACGAGUCUGCCGACGAAGAGUCUUCCUCUGAUGCUGAUGCGCCGAUCAAUGUUGAAGGUGGAACUCCAGAAGAUGUGGAGAUCGUGGACGCGGAUACUCUGCACCAUCCUCUCCCUGAGCAGCCGCCCGCCCCGGCUGUCGACCUUGCCACAGAACCUCCUGCGGCAUCCGACACCCACGAGAGUGUGCCAUGCGAUUCUCUUGAAUCAUCAGAGGCUUCAGAGGGCUAUGAGCCACCAGAACCCGAUGUCGAGGAAGCUGCAGACCAAACAUACAGUCCUCCUUUCAGCCCCGCCCCUCCCGAGUCUGUCAAAAGCACGGCAGAGUCAACGUCUUCGAUUGACAUGUCCCCAGCUGAUGAAGCAGUGACGGAUGCCCCUCCGGUGUCGAAUUCGAAUCAAGCGAAGGGCUCACACGUUGGCACUUUGGAAAACCAAGCCUCUGCUGCCGACUCGAAGCAGAGGUUUUCUCCCUACGUCAGCCCGCUGCGAAAUUUCAAGGCAUAUCGCUAUCACCCCAAUUAUGCAGAGGAUGUUUCGAACGGCUACCGUUCGCUAACUUACAGCCAUGACAUUGAUCCUAUGAAGUACCUCUGCCCAUACGAAGCUUCCGGUGGUGUCUGCAAUGACCGGUCCUGUGAAUUCCAGCAUUUCCGGGAUAUGACUCUCAGCGAUGACAAGAUCCUUAUCCAAAUGGGAGCCGCUCGGGAGGGCAACACCGAGGAAGAAAAAGAGACCUACCUCGCCGGUCUGAAGGAGAUCAUCAACGAGAUGCGACGUGACAAGGUGAAAGACUUCACCACUGUGGCCGCUGAAAUAGCCGCAUACCGUAGACGCUUUCUUCAAGACCCGUCGCGCGUCUUGCCCAUGUAA